AUGACAGCAGAGGGAGAUGGGCCCACUGAUGUUCCAUUGACCCAGCGACUCCAGAGAGCCUCCAGCCAGCCUGAGAACCCAUUCGCUGCUCUGAUUCCCAAUCAGCACAUCGCCAUCGUACCAUCCUUCACCCUCGAGUCUGGAGUCACUCUCCGCAAUGUUCCAGUCGCAUAUACCACUCGGGGGAGACUGGCUCCAGAGGGAGGUAACGCCUUGGUGAUAUGCCAUGCUCUGUCUGGAAGUGCCGAUGUCGCUGAUUGGUGGGGCCCACUGAUGGGAGGGCAUGGACGUGCCUUCGAUAUGACCAGGUUCUUUAUUGUCUGUCUGAACAGCUUAGGAAGUCCCUACGGAAGUGCAAGUCCUGUCACCAGUGUGCACGGAGAUGCAAACCGCGAGCGUUACGGCCCCGAGUUCCCUUUGACCACGAUCCGGGACGACGUCAACAUACACAAGCUCGUUCUCGAUGACCUGGGUGUGAAAAAAAUUGCAGCGGCUGUUGGUGGAUCUAUGGGAGGCAUGCUGGUCCUGGAAUAUGCUUACUUUGGCAUCGACUACGUUCGAGCAAUAGUACCAAUAGCAACUUCAAGCUGUCAUAGCGCUUGGUGUAUCAGCUGGGGCGAGGCGCAGCGGCAAAGCAUAUACUGUGAUCCCAAAUACGAAGACGGUUAUUACGCGUUCAAUGACCCACCGGCAGCAGGGCUCGGGGCUGCUCGCAUGUCGGCGUUGCUGACGUAUAGAAGCCGCGAUUCCUUCGUGGCAAGGUUCGGAAGAAACAUUCCAGAUCCCUCGCGAAGGCAGGCCAUCAAUGAUAGUCAACGUCCAUCAACACCAUCGAAUGAGCACUGGGCGGUACACAAUGAGGGUCAUAGGAGCUCUCGCACGACUCGACCGCCCAGUGUCCAUGAAGACACGUCAGCUCCUACCCCUCAAUCCGAUGCGCCGCAAUCUGUUGCGAAUGACAAGGCAGCUCAAUUCACUGACCCUCAGUUCCAUGGAGCUACAACUUUCGUGCCACCUACCCCGCCAGCACCCCUGACGGAAUUCUCCACCCAAUCAUAUCUACGGUACCAAGGAGGAAAGUUUGUGAAGCGUUUUGACAGCAAUUGCUACAUCGCUAUCACAAGGAAGCUGGAUACACAUGACGUCUCAAGGUAUCGGGUACCUCCGGAUAUACCUAAUCCAGCCGCAGUGGCACUGUCUCAGAUCCAGCAGCCAGCUCUGGUGAUCGGCAUCGAGAGCGAUGGAUUGUUCACAUUUGCAGAACAGCAAGAGAUAGCAGCCGCAAUACCAGACUCAAGGUUGCGGAAAAUCGACAGUCCAGAAGGCCAUGAUGCUUUCUUGCUGCAGUUCGAGCAGGUGAAUAAGCACAUUGUAGAGUUCUUCAACGAGGUGCUUCCCGAUAUCAUGGAGGCGCCAGGACUCAAUUUACAUGACGACGGGGGUGACGAACAGCAGGGAGUGACGACAAUGGGAAAAAGCAGCACAUUUGGCGAAGCCGAAGUUGGCGAUAUCACGGCCUGGUAA